GUUGACUCUGCACACCCAGCAUCCUUCCUCUGAGACGCCUCUGCACCACUGCAAAUCAAAAUGGCUUAUCCAAUUAGCAAUCAGCCUCAGGCGGUGCAGGGGUACACCACAACAAGUAGCCAAUGGAAUUCUGAUGUCUUCGACUGCUGUGAAGACAUGGGCAUCUGUCUAUGUGGAACCUUCGUGCCAUGUAUCUUGGCUUGUAAAGUAGCCUCUGACUUUGGAGAGUGUUGCUGUCUACCUUUCCUAGGUGGCACCACCAUCGCUUUACGCACAGGAAUCCGAGAGAGACAUCGCAUCCCGGGCACUAUCUGUAACGAUUGCGUGUGCCUUACGUUCUGCACCCCCUGCGCGCUUUGCCAAAUGGCCCGUGAACUCAAAGUUAGAAACUGAUGAAAUCGGAACACGCAGGAGGACCUAACCGGUGCCACUUGGACAAAGAGUAUAUGAAAUAUGGAAUAGCUCGCCCCUAUCCUCGUAGACCACACUUGAAGAAAAUUCAUGGACUAUGACAUUUCCCCUGUUUCUUAUACGGGGUUGGAGUUGAUUGUCCUAUAUGCAGAAACAGUAGAAAUUGACAUUUAAUAAUAUUAGUAAGAUUUAUUUAGCUAAAGAGUCUUUACAACCCUAAAAUACACCAGGUUAAAGCUAGUCCGAUGCGACAAACUCAGUCACGACACUCUGAACACCAUAGUAACAUUUCAGCUCAACAGUUCCCGAAUGGUCCAGGUUUUCUGGAUUCCAUUUUUGGACUCAGAUCUUAGAAUGUUGGCGUAUCUUUAGAAUACACCACAAAAUCUAAUUACAACAACAAUUGAUCAUUCUUUGUAUUAUGCUUCCAUAUCAGACAAAAGAGAACUGUAACAAACUCAAAAGUAUGGUAAUGUGGAAGCAUUUUCUGGUCAUGCUAUUUCUUCCACAUUCCGUGUAGGAACCUUCAGCCCAAGUCUUCAUCAUUAAGAAGUCAAGGAUUUCCGGUUGUUCAGUUUCUUCCCAACCAGUUAUGUUCCAGACCACUGAGUAUAUGUAUGAUGUCCACUGUGACUUGUUCACUUAUCUAUUUUAAGACUAUUUUAUCUUCUCAUAAGCAUUUUGUUUUAGCGAGAACCACCUUCUCUAGCACUGUAGACCCAAUCUAGCUUUUCCUUAUAGCCAAACAUUCUUGCUUUUCCUUACAGCCUAACAUAGAAUUAAACCAUGUUUUAUACUCCUCCGACUUCCAUAUCUGGAAAUUAUAUAUUUUUGUAUAUUAAAAAUAAAAACAGUAAAUGAGA